AUGAACACAUCAUCAGUAGAAAAACAACUUGUUAAUGGAAUUGAAAGAAAAAGAGAAACUACAGAGUGGCAAGACGCUAUUGCAAAAGUUAAUAAAGCAGCACUAAGUCCAGAAGAACAAAAACUUUAUGAUGAAGGAAAUAUAUUGUAUAAAGAGGCACCUGUUGUCGAACAUAAUGCCAAAGAAGACAAAUCAUUACAAGAGAUUGAUGAAUUAUUAGAAGAUGAUGAUAGUGAUGAAGAACUUCAAAGAAUUAAAGAAAAAAGAUUAGCAGAAAUGAGAGCUAUUGCGGAGAAAAAUAAGUAUAAAGAAGUAGUUGAACUUACUGCUGGUGAAUAUAAACAAGAAGUUACUGAAGCAUCAAAAGAAUGUUAUGUUGUAGUUUUGUUAUAUAAAAAUGGGAUUGAAGGAUGUGAUAUUUUGAGUGCUAGGUUGAAUGAAUUAGCUCGUAAGAAAAGAAGUACAAAAUUUGUUAAGAUUUUAAGCCAUUUGGCAAUUCCUGAUUAUCCAGAUAAACUUCUUCCUACUUUAAUUGUUUAUAGAAACACAAACCAUGUUAAACAGUUUAUUGGUUUGGCUGAGUUUGGUGGAAAUAACAUGACUUGUGACGACCUUGAAUGGGCAUUAUCUCGUGUUGGUGCCGUUGAGACAACAAUGAAGUCAGACCCAAAAGAAAAAAGGCAUCCAAAGUUCAGUGGUGGAAUGUUUUCUCGAGAACGAGAUUCUUAUGACGAUGAUGAUUCUGAUGAUUAA